GAGCCACCAUCACUUCAUCUUUCUCAUACAAAUGCGUAUCGAACUAUGUGCGACAAGGAUGCAGAGACAUCCAAAUCUAGCUCUCUCUGGAACAAUCGAGCCGUGUAUUCUUUACAGGGGAGUGUUCUAGUUUACUAUAUAUUUUAGUGGCUGCCAUUAUACUCCUAAAUCCAGGAUAUUUCAGGUCCGAAUCCAGCAAAUCGGAUUAAUAUAUGCGUAUGUUAUGUCUCUAGUUUUCUACACAAGCGCAAUGUUACGCCAUUCUAUUUCUACAUAGAAAAUAAUAAAUUCAAUUAGAAAUUUGAUGUUAAACAGGGUUAUAUCGAAAGAAUGUGGAACACAAACGUCAAAUUAAUUUAUUCUUCCAUCAAAAUAUUUCUGCGUUUACAUAUGUGUUAAAAUACGUUUUAGACGACAGUUUUCGAACUCUAUUCCGUGGACGACUCGCGCCACCUGACGACGAGUGCCGAGAGCUGCCGAGAGAUGCCGAGAGCUGCCGAGAGUCAUCGACGUGCGCGCUCGGUCGCGGUCGGCGCACCACCGAUGUCAAACCAAUAUGGCGAAGUGUGUCACGAGCUGGGUGAGACGUAGUGCCGUUUGAAGGAUGAACGAGUCGCGGUAUGAGUUGAAAAUGACGUAGCGUGAUGCCGAACGCGUGAAGUACGAAGUCGCCUGCGAAAUUGUAAAGGUGCGAGUUCGCUCAGCGAUCGUCUCCGUGCGUCAGAGUGCUGUGUCGUCGCCGGUGCGAAAUCAUGGCCACGGAUAAAAUAAAGGUCGCCGUGCGAGUGCGGCCGUUCAAUCGACGCGAGCUGGAACUUGGAACGCAAUGUGUCGUGGAAAUGACUGGGCAGCAGACCAUCCUGCAGCAUCCGACGACUUUGGAUAAGAUAGAUCGAAACAAACCAAAGACGUUUGCGUUCGACCAUUGUUUUUACUCAUUGGUACCUGGAGCAGAAAAUUUUGCCAGUCAAGACGUCGUGUUCGACGCUCUCGGCCGAGAUAUUCUGGACAACGCGUUCCAGGGAUACAAUGCUUGUAUUUUUGCUUACGGGCAGACCGGGUCUGGAAAAUCGUACACGAUGAUGGGCAGUGGCGACAACAAAGGGAUUAUUCCACGGCUAUGCGACAGUCUUUUCGAUAUGAUAGCGAAGCAACAAAGCUCCGAACUCUCCUACAAGGUUGAGGUUUCCUACAUGGAGAUUUAUAAUGAAAAGGUGCACGACCUUUUGGAUCCGAAGCCGAACAAGCAAUCCCUCAAAGUCAGAGAGCACAAUGUCUUGGGACCUUACGUGGAUGGUCUCAGCCAGCUCGCCGUGACUGCCUUUCAGGAUAUCGAUAACUUGAUGGCAGAAGGAAACAAGUCGCGAACCGUGGCAGCGACGAACAUGAAUUCGGAGAGCUCCCGAUCUCAUGCCGUUUUCUCUGUAAUUUUGACGCAAACCCUGACGGAUGCGAAAAGUGGCGUUAGUGGCGAAAAAGUCUCGCGGAUGAGUCUGGUGGACCUCGCGGGAAGCGAAAGGGCUGUGAAAACUGGCGCUGUUGGCGAUAGACUUAAAGAAGGCAGCAAUAUUAACAAGUCGCUAACGACGUUGGGUCUAGUGAUCUCGAAGCUGGCGGAUCAGAAUUCCGGUGGCAAGAAUAGGGAUAAGUUCGUUCCGUACAGAGAUUCGGUUCUCACGUGGUUGCUAAAGGAUAACCUCGGUGGUAACAGUAAAACUGUAAUGGUAGCCACAAUCUCACCAGCUGCAGAUAAUUAUGAAGAAACUCUAUCGACAUUGCGAUAUGCCGAUCGAGCAAAGAGAAUAGUAAAUCACGCGAUUGUCAACGAGGACCCUAAUGCUAGGAUUAUACGGGAACUUCGACAAGAAGUGGAAGCCCUCAAAGAAAUGCUGCUGCAUGCUAAGGGACAGGGAUCCGUCGUAGGUCAACAGCGAACGGACAUCACGGAGAAAUUGUCGGAAUCCGAGCGACUAAUGAAGGAAAUGUCGCAAACCUGGGAGGAGAAGUUAGUAAAAACCGAAAGAUUGCAACAUGAAAGGCAACAAGCUCUAGAAAAAAUGGGCAUAAGUGUCCAAGCGUCUGGCAUCCAAGUAGAAAAGAGCAAGUAUUAUCUGGUCAAUCUCAACGACGAUCCCAGUCUUAACGAAUUGCUGGUGUAUUAUCUGAAGGAGAGGACCCUGGUUGGUGGACGUUCCGCGACUACGGAGCAAGAUAUUCAGCUCCAUGGACUAGGGAUAUUGCCAGAACAUUGUGUCAUUACAAUAGAGGAAUCUGGAUUGUACAUGACUCCAUUGAAUGGAGCCCGGUGUUUCGUCAAUGGUAGCCAGGUAAUGGAGAAAACACCCUUACUACAUGGUGAUCGAAUCGUUUGGGGCAAUCAUCAUUUUUUUAGGGUCAAUUGCCCUAGAAGUGCAACAGCAAUCAACAGUGAACCUCAAACCCCCGCACAAACGAUCGACUAUAACUUUGCGAGGGAAGAACUUAUGCUGAAUGAAUUAUCCAAUGAUCCCAUCCAACGAGCUAUUGCAAGGCUUGAAAAGCAGCACGAGGAAGACAAGCAGGUUGCUCUUGAGAAACAACGUCAGGAGUACGAACGGCAAUUCCAGCAAUUGCGCAAUAUUCUAUCUCCGUCCACCCCGUACCCUCCUUACGUACCAUACGAUCCCUUACGGGGUAGCCAAAGCGGAAAGCUACCCGCUUGCACCCCUACGACGCAGAUGCGCGUUGAAAAGUGGGCUCAGGAACGCGACGAGAUGUUCAAACGAAGCUUGGGUCAACUCAAGACCGACAUCUUGAAGGCGAACGCCUUGGUGCAAGAGGCCAACUUCCUGGCUGAAGAAAUGGGGAAGCAAACUAAGUUCAGCGUAACCUUGCAAAUACCACCAAAUAAUCUUAGUCCAAAUAGAAAGAGUGUAUUCUUUCAGCGUGGAGCUUUUGUUAGCGAGCCCGCUAUAUUAGUUAAACGAACUAACAUGGGUAGUCAAGUAUGGUCAAUGGAAAAGUUGGAAAAUAAGCUGGUGGACAUGCGGGACAUGUACGAGGAAAGAAAAGACUCCAACUACCAGCGAUUGCCCAUCGUUAAGGACGAGGUACCAGGAAAAAAUCAGGACCCGUUCUACGAAUCACAGGAGAACCAUAAUCUGAUUGGCGUGGCCAAUAUCUUUUUGGAGGUUCUCUUUCAUGAUGUCAGGCUGAAUUACCACACGCCAAUUAUCAGCCAACAAGGAGAAGUCGCUGGUCGACUUCAGGUUGAGAUCAGUCGGAUAUCGGGACAAUUUCCGCAGGAUCGCAUAUGCGAAGCGGCCUCGGAAUCGUCGGCUGACUCUACGUCUUCUGAACCCGAGGACUUUUCCGGAUCGAGUCACAUCACUUGUCGUGUUACCAUAAAGCAGGCUAGUGGUCUACCACUGUCGUUGAGCCAUUUCGUCUUUUGCCAGUACAUAUUCUGGGGGCAUCCGGAACCGAUAGUCGUACCACCCAUGGUCAACACGGACUUACCGACUACUGAUUCCGUCACGGGCCAAAGAGACUCAUUGGCUUUCAAAUUUGAUCACACAAAAGAUUUCACCGUACCCAUUACCGAGGAAUUCCUGGAACAUUGUGCCGAGGGAGCAUUCAGCAUAGAAGUAUGGGGUCAUCGAAGCGCCGGUUUCUCUCGAAGUAAACCGGGAUGGGAAGUAGAACAGCAGCAAUUAGCGAAGGCCAGGUCCCUGGCCGACCGAUGGUCCGAAUUGACCAGGAAAAUCGAACUGUGGGUGGAGAUUCAGGAGCUCAAUGAACAAGGAGAAUAUUCACCGGUUGAAGUUGUAGUUAAACAGGACAUGUGGACCGGUGGUAUUUACCAAUUACGACAGGGACAGCAACGAAGGAUUCAAGUGCGCGUUAAACCAGUUCAGAAUUCGGGCACGCUCCCAAUAAUUUGCCAAUCCAUUUUGAGCAUCGCUGUGGGCAGCGUAUCGGUGAGGAAUCGUUUGCAAAUACCGCUAGAUAGUUACCAAGAUGAAGAUCUCAGUAUUUUGAGGGAAAAAUGGAGCGAUGCACUUAUGAGACGACGGCAGUAUCUUGACCAACAAAUUCAGAAGCUCAUCAAUAAACAAGAUAAAACGGAACAGGAAAAGGAACGGGAACAAAGUUUGGUGGACCAAUGGGUCAGCCUUACAGAGGAACGGAAUGCAGUUUUAGUCCCUGCAGCAGGUUCAGGUAUUCCCGGUGCACCUGCAGAUUGGAAUCCACCUGCUGGCAUGGAACCGCACAUUCCAGUACUGUUUCUAGAUCUUAAUGCUGACGACCUUUCGACGCAUCAGUCCGGAGAGGAAGUUUCAGUGACAGGCUUGAACUCUAUUUUGCCCAAAGAACACGGAAAGCAGUUUUAUCCUCUACACAUAUUUCGACAUUUGGAGAAAGACGUUUGCGCUAUUGCGGCUUGGGAUUCUAGCAUACAUGACAACAUCCAUUUGAAUAGAGUUACCGAUGCGAACGAACGGGUUUUCUUAAUAUUGAAGACGACCGUUCGUCUCUCUCAUCCCGCACCAAUGGAUCUCGUUUUACGCAAAAGAUUGGCUUUGAAUAUUUACAAGCGACAGAGUAUCACUGAUAGAAUCUUCAAAAGAAUCGUCCGAACGGACUGCUUGUCGCAAACCGGCGUUACUUACGAAGUUGUGUCCAAUAUACCGAAAGCCAGUGAAGAAUUGGAAGAUCGAGAAAGUCUAGCGCAAAUUGCUGCCAGUGGAGAAGAUAACAGUCUCUGCGAUGGCGAAACUUAUAUAGAAAAGUACACGAGAGGAGUGUCAGCUGUCGAGAGCAUCCUGACACUGGACCGACUGAGGCAAAGUGUCGCCGUGAAAGAAUUACUGCAAGCCCAAGGUCAACCAUUAAUGCGCAAGACUGCCAGUGUGCCCAACUUCUCGCAGGUACUACUGCCUCUUCGACGUCUCGGACGCACUAUCAUGCGAUUCGACACCUCGAUGGACUCUUUGAACGUGACACGAUCUGAAAGCGUGACAGAUCUAAAUUCAGAAUUAAAUGGUUUGCCACAUCCACGAAGAACAUCUUCUGGUCAUUCAAGAAACGACGAGAAUUUCCUUACGUCUCCGCCGAAAUCUUUCGGAAUCGCGAGACCGACUUUCCUGAAUCUCAACCUGAAUCUCAACUCUCUGACGCGUCUUCAACAAACCACCUCUGCCAAGUCGUCACCGAGUAUGGUUGGUGGCAAACUGGGCCUCCGAAUGACUACCUUACACGAGGAAACGUCAAACAUUGGAAAUCCACUAUCAUCCCCUGUCCACGAUGACCAUGAAGAAAAGAGCGACGCUGAUUAUUCCGAGUAUGAUGCUUAUCAGACACCGCCCAAGCCCACAAAGCUGCUGACAUCUUCGCGGACCUUGGACUCGCUGGUAGAGUUACAAGCGACUAAAAUAAAUACUCCCAGCAUGAGUAGCAGCGGAUACGGUUCCCAAGCUGUAUCCACAACAAAUCUAACAUCUGACGAUUCGAUCUCCAUAAAGUCCAUCAGCGUGGAUGAGACCCCAGACGUGGAAUACAAAGGCUUACUGGACAACAAGAAGUCCGAAAAGAUGGACAGCUCCUUAGUCGAAGAAACCACGGAGGAACAUAUAGGGGACUCGAAUAUUAUCCUGGAUAAGACUGGUAUCCCUGAUAACGUCACAACAGACUCCGUAAGAAAAAACUUGAAUCAAGCAGGCGCUUAUGGUACCAAUAAUAAGGCAGCAACUCCCACGAGUGACAAAGUUCACAAGGAGGCAGACAGCGAAUCUUUGAGUGGUAGUAGUUGCCAAGGAACGUAUCUAUCGUCAAAUAUUAACGACGAGAGGAAGAAAAACGAAAUGGAGACCAGUCAGACUUCGAAUUCUGGUGACGACAGUCCUUUGGAAGGAACGUCCGUUGUACAUACUAAACUGCCGCCCGGGAAGGUCGUUCGAAGACGAAGGACGUCUGGGAGUUCGGGAAGGCCUACCAGUUCUCAGCACAGGGCAUCGUUCCCUAUGGUCCGUCCACAAUUAUCUGAGAGCAAAGCUGCAGCUCGCCUGGAGCAGACCAUGCAGACAAAUAUGGCCUACGAAAAUGGUGACCACAGCUCGUCCGAGCGUAUUGACGAUGAUGUGAGUGACAAAAGUUCGGCAUUCGGCUCCAGACCAGAUUUGACCAGGAUCGAGCCUCCACUUCCAGAAUGGGUCGUGAUCGGCGAAUCCGUUCUAGUUCGUCCCUAUAGUUAUUCCGGGGUAAUCGCUUAUGUUGGACCAACGGAAUUCGCAUCAGGAACUUGGAUUGGAAUCGAGUUAGAUGCCCCAACAGGCAAGAACGAUGGAGCUGUAAAUGGCCACAGGUACUUCACUUGUCGGAAUAAAUGUGGGAUUUUCGUAAAAGUGGACAAAUUGAUUCAAGAUAGGCGGGGUAAAGUUCUCAGGACCUACACCAAGCAAGAAACAACCUCACCUCCUUCUACGUCAAUGCGUAGAAGCGUCAGUAGAGGUGAGGGCUUACAUUCCUUACAUCAAAGUCGCAACCGAGGGGAAGGCUUAUCGAGCACCGGAACGCGAUCCUCGCCACGAAACAAGUAAAGCAGAGAUCACCCGUGUCAUCCUAUUCGAUCUUACUGUAUCUCACGACAUAAUAUCUUAAUUGCUACAUGCCUACCGUAUGUAUAGUAGCAGUGUUUUCAGGUCCCUUAGCUAUUAGGGCUGCUACCAAUUAUCGAUAACUAUGAGUACCACUUAAACUAGUAAGACGUAUUACCGAGGGUAUAACGACUGCGUACUCGCAGGGCAUACGCUGUUUUCCGAUUCGAGUAGAAGGCGCUUAAAUGGAGCAUAGGAAUUAUUUGCGCAUCUUCUAUGGUAUCUAGAAUCGACGCAUAGGUCGACGCGAAUUCCCGAGGGUCGACGACUAACGACCACAAAGGCAACUAGAAAGCAUUCCAGAACAUUACUUUAAUCACCCAGAUGACACGUAUUUCGCCUCUAGCGAGACGACCUUGCUUUGCUCCGUGAUCUACGUGUACAUUAUUAAAAUGAAGGAAACCAUUAGGGACGAUUCCGUUUCCUUUUCCAUCUGUCGUCUCCGAAAUUGGCAACCAGCUGGACACUUUCCCCGGAAUUACCUCGGCGGUAAUUUAACGUGACGGAUAAGUGAAAUAUUGUCAAGAGUAGCGUGGUCUCCAUGCCUAUUCAUCCGCAACAUCGGUCUCAGUUAAUGGUAUAUCUUGUUAUGUAGGUUAUUUAAAUAUUUUAUAUGUAUACAGUUGUUUCAUAUAUUGUAUUUUUUUAGUACGAUUCUCGUUAAAUUCCUCUUGAUUGUAACAUACUCCUCCACAAUCGACGGUCACAUUAUGCUGUACAUUUCACACACACGUUACACUUAACACCCACACGUACACCCUAAGAAUAAUUACGAAUAAUUUAUGUAUACCGUCGAUUCAUUUUAAUUGUAUCUGCCGAUUCGUAUAAAGCUCACAUUGGCUUUUGAAUGGUCGUCCUUUACUUUUGCGAUUGGUUUAAAAGGCAGUUUGAGUUUUAAAUUGAUCAGGACCGCAGUACGACUGCAAUAUUAGUCGAAUAAGUUUAGUUGGUAAGAACUCUGUAAAUGAGCUUGAUUUCUCAUCGAUUGCCCGAAGCCAUUAAGGGGAUCCUUCUCUCAAAACGCUCCGAAAAAUGAAUUACUUUUCGUAAAUCAAAAUUAAAAAAAAAAACCAAACGACGGAAGGUAAAUCCUUUUAAGUGCUUUAGUAACACGUGUUUAAUUGAUAAACUAAGAAUUCGACUACUAUGAUUUAGUAUAUAUUCGUCCCAACUACGUAACAUUUAUUACGUUACAAUAGAAAUUAUAUCUCUUGAAGAAUGUUACAUAUUUCGGGGGAAAAUAUAUUAAAUCUAACUAGACUACAUUAUUUUUAUCAUUUAAAAAUGUAUUACUAGAGGACUUACAUUUCUUAACCGGAUUACCGUUUAGUUCUUGUUUUAACUAAUUUCUGAAAAGUGUUUAUUUUUCUCGCGUUUUCACGGGAGUUUCCCCUUAAAUCAAUUUCUUCUCUAUAAUCUUUUAAUGCGGUUGCGGAUUACCGUAUAUAAUGUGAGUCUUUCAAAAUGUCGAAAUCGAAUAUGACUUUGCUACUACGAAGUAACCUAAUCCAUACCAAUGAAACGAGCGAUAAGAUGGACCACAUUAGAUAUAUCUCGACGAGUGCGCAAAUCUGGCGAGUAUUCGUCCACGUACCAAGUAAUCGGAAAAUCGGAGAUUCGACUCAUUUUUUUUUUUCAUACACUGAUUGAGAAGACGUAUUUUAAUUAUGCCCAUCCGAACCAAGGACAAUACGAAAUUGACGUUGAUGAGCAUUCUGAUUAUCGGGUCUAUUUAAGUUGGCUUAAGAAAGUGUUCAGAUUGUUUGCCAUCCUUGUUAGCACAAAUCUUGAAUCGAUAUCAGAGACUCUCACACGUUUACAUAAGUCUACAAAGGAAUGGUUUUACAAGAGGCUAUCGUCGUAAGUUUCAAAUCAUGUAUAUUUAUUUGCUCAACUGGCACGUUUUUAAUCGACAAAAGACAAGGGGAGUCAGGUCGAGAGAUCUUGCUGGCCAAGGAACUGCACUUCCUUUCCAGAUUCUAAAAUGGAAUUAUCAUUAGUUGUUAAUGAUCAUUCUGCCCUUUCCAAAUGCUGCGCAUGUCUAGCAUUUCUUUUAAAUUGUACAUUUACUGUGCUUCAAAUGAUUUUUUGUCAAAUUGUGAAACGUCACGGUUGCGUUGUCGUAUCACCUUAGUGAUAAUAACGAGUCAUUUACUGUGUAAAGACAUCGAAAUGGAUGUUGAAACCACGUGUACUUAUAUGUAGGAAGAGUAUCUAAUAUUUACGGUAAAAUAUUUUGUCAACGAUCAUGACACCGGACUUGAAAGCUAUCUUUUGAGAAAAUAUCGUCCGAGUUUGCAAUGACGAAUGUCUUAUUCGAUAAGAAUUAUCUUGUGAUUAAAGAUGCACGUUACAUUGAUUCCGAACACUAAUAUUAUUGAUCCGAGACUCGUCAAUAAACUUGGGAUUUAAUUAAACUGGAAAGUAACAUUCUUUACAGAGACUUCAUCUUAUAAACAAUUACGGGAGAAGCGAUGUUGCACCCGGAAUCAAUUCCAUGAAAUUCAAAAGGAAACUGCACAAAGUAUUGUCCAUUUCAAACUUUCCUUUUCCGAGACUUAUUUCAUAUGAAAUUAUUUUAAAUCUCUUCUUUGCGACACUUAGUUAAUAUCAAUGUUUAGAGCAUUUCUCAACUCUAAUGCGAAGACAAAAUAAAGAGACGUUGUAACUAAAACUAAUUUUUCACUAGUAUCGCUUGUCACACUUUGUAAUGUAACACUUGUCUAUUUUUAUCUUACAAUCCAUACUAUGUAAAUGGUGACACACCCACAGUACAGAAUUAGAGCUUUCUAUAUACUCGCUUAUUGUAAAAACCAGAGAUUCCUUAACGGGGAUAAACCCUGUGAAGCCUGAAAAAUAUCACUUUAUUGAGAAUUAUUGCAACACCCGUAAAAACAGAUAAAUAAAUUAAUGUUUUUUCCCUGGAAUUAGUCAUGCUUUAAACCGUCGAAAAGCAUUUUUUGUUUGAUUAUAUACCUUUUUAUUUCGGUUUAAAUUAUCUCUAGUAGGCUUGGCCUCGCACCUGGAGUUCGAAAGAGUCUUUUUAAACCAAAAAGCCCAGGAUUUUCAUAAAUAAUGUAAAUGCAGUUUCAGCUAAGCGCACGAAAAUUGUAGUUGUUUAAUUGUUCAUAAAAUGACACGUGUAAUAAAAAAAAAAAUCCGUCACGUGGCUCCCAUUCGCAUUGAAAGUGACACUUCUAAAUUAAAGAGAAUUAUCAGGAAACUCGGUAGAGUUUCGCACCAAAUACAUUAAUGAUUUUUAAGAACUGCCACGUGCAGAGCUGGUGUUGCUUGCAUAGUCAAAUGUUAUACCACAGUAAUAACAUAUUUAAUCAAAUAGAAAAAUGCUUUUAAACCGUUCAAAGGAUGACUAAUUCCGUGCAAAUUAAUUAAUUUAUCUACCUGCGUUACCUGCAUAAGAAACAAUGCUCAAGAACAGAACUAUGUUUUCGGCCGUGACAGAGUUUGUCCCCCUUAAACUUUAUCGCUUACAUACUACUCAGAGUAAAACGUAUAAGAAUGGAUGUAAAAUACUCAUGCGAGGAUCGUAUCCGAAUUCCUUGUACUUUAUCAUAGACCCUCCUCGUUCCAUUGGCAUAAAAUGUGAGCAACGACAAAGUCUCCGAAAGAUUCGAGAUUUGGAAAGGCUCGCCUUGAGUAACAACUAUUAAUUCUCGACCACUGGUGUAGAGUUCCGCGAAGGAAUUCUCUAGACUCUCGAUGUGCGAUUCACUGUAAGAGGACGCCGAAUUUCUUAUUUGGCUAAUGAAACUAGUCCUUCGAGAAUCAAUGUUCUCUAAAUGUAAUUAUGCCGCAUUGCAAUGAGAAAAAAGAUCGGUGGUGUCCGUUUAAAUGCAUUUAGGAGCUGUGGAAUAAAGGAUUAAUGUUUACUAUAAUGCAUGUUUAAUUACUUAAGUGGAUACAUAUUUACAUUAGCGAAAGUAUUUCUUUAAAAAAAAAUAUAACGACCCGCGUGUAAUUUGAGUGCACUUUUUCAAUCCAAUAGCCCCCAUAGCCCAGGAAAAAUAGAUAUGAUGACUACCAAAUUAGGAAGUAGUUGAAGCAAGAAAUUUUUAUUCAUAUAUUGUUUUCUUCUGGCACGAGAAAUGAGUAGAAAAAAAAAGUUCCCAUGCUUAGCAUGCUGGGACAAUUUUUUACAAGGGGUCGAAGUCACGGAUAUCGGUUUUUCGCGAACAUUGGAAAAAAAAGUCUCCUGCACCACUCGUACGGAAAAAUGCAUCCAAUAAAAAUUGAAGAGGUCUAAAUUCUCUACAAAAAUGUUCGUGAAAAAGAAAUCUUUGAGUUUGUCAUAUACGCAAUCAUUGCGGUAGAAAGCCAAGUAAAGGUGCAGACUGAUAGUUCAUAAGCCAAGGCAGCGGCAGGUGUUUAUCACUUAGCUUAUCGCCGUAACGAUUGAAUUUACAACUAAAUCGAAGAGAGAUUUUUUAUAGAUAAUUUAGUCCUCUUCAACUUUUAUUCGAAGAAUUUUUUCGUAGGUAAGCGCGUUUUUUCAAAUACUCACGAAAAACCGAUUUCCGUGACCCGGAUCCCCUGUAAGAAAUGACCCCUACACGUUAUGCAUGGAGACUCCUUUCUACUAAUUACUUGUACUGGCAGGAAACGAUUCGCCAAACAAAAUGUCUUGCUUUAAUUACUCCCUAAUGAAAUGCUAUAUCUCCUGGAUUACUUGCUCUAAUCUUACUUUGCGUUGCACCGGUGAUACGAAGAGAAAAAUGUGCACGUUCAAAAGUCAAAAUGUAUCGCGAAUAAAGACAAUUAUAUUUAUACUCGUUGUCAGUGAAUAUACAUAUGCGAGAUUGUGUCGCGUGACAUGUGACCGGCUCGUGAACAUGAUUAGAUUUAUAGUAAUUUCUAGCAAGGUUUUAGAGUGAAAUCCUCGCUUUGAUUUCGAAUCGUAUCGAGAUACGUCAAAUGUUAAGCAAGUGCGUAUAUGGUGUCGAAAUUAUGCCCUGUGAAGGAACAAUUGUAUUCUCUCGCGUUUAUAACGAUAUUUGUCGACGUUUGACAAAUUCGAAAGAAGUUCAUCGACUGUACCGAUCUUUUCUCUUUUUGUGCUUGUACUACUCGGCUUGAGCAGAAAAUUGAACGACAAUUUCCGUAUGAUCGGCAUGUCUAAUGCUGGCUACAAUAUCAGCGAUUUAAGGGACAAGGGAAGCAGUACUUUACCAUUGAGGUAUCAUCCUAAACUUGUUCAUAUUGUGAGGGAAAAGGGAAAA